AUGUACCAGCGAGCACUGGUAGGCUACGAGAAGGCUAUCGGUCCAGAUUAUAUGUCCACUCUUAGUACAGUCAACAAUUCUGGGACUCUCUAUCUUUAUCAGGGGAGGCUGAAAGAAGCAGAGGAGAUGUAUCAGCGAGCACUGGCUGGCAUAGAGAAGGUUCUCGGUCCUGAUCAUACGUCCACUCUUGAUACAGUCAACAACUUUGGGAAUUUUUACUUAGAUCAAGGGAAGCUGCAAGAUACCGGCGAGCACUGGCAGGCAAAGAUAAGGCUCUCGGUCCUGAUCAUAUUUCUACUCUUGAUACAGUUCGCACUGUAA